AUGGCAGAGUUGGCGCAGUCAGCAAUGGCUUUCCAUCAGCUUGACUUCCAACAAGCCCCACAACCCACCAUCUCACUACAGGAGACUUCCCUCCGAGAUCAGAUGAUGACUCCCUCGAGAUCAGCUUCACCUCAGAUAAAAGAAGAAAAUUCCCAAGACGAAAAACGGUCCUCCAAGAAGCGAAAAUCCUGGGGCCAAGAAUUACCCACACCCAAGACAAACCUACCUCCUCGGAAACGAGCGAAGACAGAGGAUGAAAAAGAGCAGAGGCGGAUAGAGCGUGUCCUCCGCAACAGAGCGGCCGCCCAAUCUAGCCGAGAAAGGAAGCGGCAGGAGGUGGAGAAACUCGAGGGCGAGAAAUCGACCAUCGAAGAGCAGAACCAAAACCUCAAAGACCGGCUCAUGGCAGUCGAGCAUGAAAAAUUUCUCCUCUCCCAAAAGCUUGCCAAGAUGGCCGCCCAAAUCAAAAGCCUCAAAGACGGCACGACUCCGCCACCAUCCGAGCCGGCCUCGCCAGCUCCAGAAAUACAAUCCUUCGAUCAAAUGAAAAUCAAAAAGGAGAUCGACGACUAUCAAUAUUCUGCCCUGACACCACAGACUUUCUCCUCACCCGCCUCAAUGACCUACUCCCCAUCGGAGUCGCCCUCACAGUCAAGUCUUAGCUUCGACGAUGAGUCCUUGGCCACUUCUCCAGACAUGACACAACAUCCUGCCGCGAUGUUUACGCCAGGACCCAUCCACUCGAGCUAUAACAACGGAGGCGUCACAAGCAACAAUUGCGACCCGAUCAUCUUCGGCGAGUCAAACGCUCAACUCGAUGACCUUAAUUUCGACAGCCUAUUCUCAAAUGAUGAUUCCUACCUCCAGGAGGAUCAAAGCCAAGCAAAGGAUGCCUUCACCGUUCCCCACCUCUCUAUCAGCGGAAAUGAUUUCGCCACCGAUUUCACCUUUGAUUCGCUCGUUGACUUCGAACCAGACCAUGUCGACCAACACAACGGCGACGACUUCCAGCUUGGAAGCUACGAUCUCUCAGGUUACCCCGACGGCUCGGCUCAGAAUGUUGCCGAAGUCUCUGCAACGCAGCUCUCCAUUGGCGCGUCCACUUAA